AAUCAGUAUUGGAAAGUGUCCUUUUCUGUUCCCAGUGACUUUCAACACUGGAAAAGAAAGCGUUUUUGGGAGGUUUUGUUUGUCUAUCGAGAUACGGGCACACUAAUUAUGUAUAUUUGGAUAUGCUAAACAAACGUCGGUUGAAACGCUCUCGUUGCAUCCAUCAUAUAUCUGCAAAUGUCGAUAGCUAGCGAAGCGAACUCCAUCAACGACGACACACGACAUUGGACAUAUCCUCCUAGGAGAUAGCCAGUGCCCUAUAUUUGUUUUUUCCAUUACCCAGUUUGGUUUUUGGUACUUGGUUUGUAAUUGACGCGAGUCGACAACGACCAGAACCGCGACCACAUGGCUGAGAAAACUGCCACGGAUGCUGCUGGCUUGGAAAGUUCAUUGGAUUUUUCCAUUGUCCAGCAUAACGAAAACGAAGAUGCCGAAGGAUACAUGCGGAUAACGGGCAGCUCAAACGAUUUGUCCCUGUUGCAGAAUGUAUCCACCAGCACAACGAUAGGCGGCGGUGGCGGCGGCGGGAGCAAAGGUCGCCUCGACAGCCUAAAAGAAAAUUUAUCCAAACAACAGGAACGAUUGAUGGAGUUGCGGGAGCGAGCGCAACACCGGCCCAGCAAUAGUGAAUCCAUUGAAUCGCUGAAAGCAUUGGAACAGAAACUCACCGUGCUCAAGGCGCGUUCGGGGGGCGGCGUUGCAGUGGCCGAUGCCUCCACUCCCCUGGCUACGCCCACAAAGGAGGUAACGGACAAAUCUCUGGACAGUUCGCUGCUGCAUGCCAGCGGCAGUGAGAAACUGCUGAUGCUCACCCAGCGCACGGAACAGAAUCGAGCGCUGAUCGAGCAGCGAAAGCGAGAUAUGGCCAAAUCUCUGCUCUCCAUCAGGUCCAGCCUCAGCCAGAGCCAGAGCCGCAGCCACAGCCGCACCGCCGCCGAUCUGGGCUCCUCGAUGACUGAUCUUCGGCAGGCGGCGGUGCCAGAGGACAAUGCUCUCGUCUCCCGACAUCGCUCGGCAUUGGAUUUGCAGCAGCAACAGCAGCAGCAGGCAGACGUCCUGGACGAGAGCCGAAUGAAGUUGCUCAAGAACAGGAUGAAAGUCACCGAGCUCAAACAGAGCCGGCAGGAGCAGGAGGUGCUAGAGUUGCGCCAAGAGCUGGCCAGGCGGGCCAGUCUCAUCGAGCAAUUGGAAUUGUCCGGCGCCGAGUUGCAGCGCACCUUAACGCAAAGGAACGAGGAGUUGGAGCAGGUGCGUGCUGAUGCGGUGCCCGAGAGAAACAGCCUGCAGGAACAGGAACACGCCCGCCUACACUCUGAGGUGGUGGCCAUGAAGGAGCGCCUGUCAGAGCUCGAAAACAUCAACGACAUGCUGGAGACGACGCGAUGCGAGCUCACCGACGAGCUGAGCACGGCGCGGGAGCAGCUGCAGCAGCUUCAGCAGCAGCAGCAGAACAGCCAAUUCGAGUCUAUUAACACGGAGGUUCAGGUCAAUGAAGAGCUGGCCAAGCAACUGAGCGCUCUCCAGGCAGCCUACGAUGAACUGAGGCGAGAAGCCGACUCCCCCACAAAGCUGGAGGUGAGCGACAGCAACGUCUCCGAGUGUCUCAGUCAGAUGGAAGCGACAAUUGCCACACAGUGCACGCAACUGGAGGAACAAAAGGCUGCCAUGGCCGAGCAGAGUGAAGAGCUGGCCGAGAAGACAACCGAAUUGAAUGUGCUCAAUGUAAACCUGCGCCUGCUCGAGGAGAAGCUCGCCCAGAGCAGCCGGAGCAAGCCGCUAUUUCUGGACGAGGAGGAUCACUCGGCCAGCGAGCAGCUGAGGGAAGAGUUGCAGCAGCUAAAGCAGAAACUGGACGAGUCCAACAAGGCCAACAUCAAGCUGAAGCUAAAAUGCAAGCAGGCAGAGAAGCAGCUGCAGAAAAUUCAGUCCGAGGACAGUCAGCAAAAAUUGGCUGCUCUGGCGGCCGAAAAUGAGGAUCUGCAACAGCGAAUCACUGUGCUGGAGGACGAGAAGGGCCAGUGGCAGCUGUCCAAUAUGCAGGAAGAGGGCGAGGGGGAGGAACAGACGCAGCACGAGAUCAAUCCUCUCCAAAGGGAGGCCGUCCGGCUGUUGGAGGAACAGAAAAUGGAACUCCAGCAGGCUUUGGAGGCUCUUCAGGAGGGCAACGAGUCUGCCCGCGUGGAAUCCGAGCUGAGCGAAGUCCAUAUGGAGGAACAUCUCUCGCAGCGCGUCCAUCAACUGGAGCAGCAAGCGCAGGAGCAGAUCCUCCAGCUUCAGACACUCCAAGCCGAGAAGGAUGUCCUUGACAAGAAGCUCUCCCACUACGUCAACGAGAACAUGGAGUUGCUGGACAAACUGGAAAAGAUCAGCGCCUCCAGCUCCGCCGAGUCCAUAGAGAUUGUCGAGCGACCUUCGCAAGAGCAGCUGGAAUGCUUCACACCACGUCGUCCGGCCAGCGAGGGCGAUGCCCAGGAACAGAAGCAGCAUCAAGAGGAUCAGGAAGCGGCGGCGGCGUCGAAGGCGCCCAUUGCCCGGCUGCCAAGUGUCGUGAGUGAACUUACUCAAACCGAUCUCACGUCCGAUGCCAGCGAGAGUCUGAACCAGCUGAGGGAAGAGCGCAGCGAACUGCUCCAGAGGAUCGAGCUGUUUUCCAACGAGCGACGCGAGGUGCUCGAGAAGAUGGAGCAGCUGACGGCGGAGAAUGGGGACUUCCAGGCGAGACUGGAUGGCCAGAAGGAGCAACUGCAGCGCCUAACAGCUGACAACACCCGCCUGGAGUCAAGACUGAGCGAAGGACAUCUGCAAAAGGAGGACUUGCAGCGCGAAAAGGAGCAGCUUUCGCUGCAGCUGAGCGAGCGUUCGAACCUCUCGCAGGAGCUCAGCUCCAUGCAGCGCUCCUCAGAGGUGGUGGCUGCCUUGGAUGCCGGCGAGGGGGGCCCCGCCCUCUUCGACAAGUGCGAGCGAUCCCUCAGCAAACUGAACUCAGAGUUGGAGGCCUACCGCAAGGCCGAUCGUCAGGCAAAGAUCAAUGCGUCCAAGAAACUGGCCAAGGAGGCCAAAAACUGCCACACCCAGCUGACGGAGCUCCUUCAAAAGGUGAAGGAGGCCAGCACGGCGGUGGAAACGGUGACCGUCGUGGAGACGGUGGUCGCUGUGACGGCUCCCAAUGGCAAGGCUCUGGCCGAGUACGAAAAACUUACGGCCCAGAAUGCCGAGCUCAAGGCAGAGCUGUCCAGACUGCGCCUGGAGUUGGAAGAGCUUCAGGAAAGCUACGAACCGGAAGCGCCACAACUGGCCAUUGCAGCCGUGGAUGAACAGCAGCCAGAUCUGGCGAGGGAACUGCUGGAAUUGCAGACGACGCUAAGGGAGCUGCGAAGCCAAGAGUCCGAUCAGCGCCAGCAAAUCGAGGAGCAACUGCAAACAAUAGCCGAUCUUCGCGGCGGGGAAUCCGAGCAUUUGCAGACAAUAGCCUCGCAAGAGGCAAAGCUAACGCAGCUCCAGCAGCAAGUGGAGCAGUUCCAUCAAGUGUUGAACACCAAGGAAAUGGGCCACGAGAAGUACAUGGAGCAGCAGACGCGUAUUCGACGCGAGUUGGAGGCCCGCGCCGAGUCCAUGGAGGGGGAACUGAGCAUACUGAAGGCCCUGGUGGCCGAGCAGAAGCAGCAGCUCAUUGAGAACCUCAGCGAGAGCGAGCACACACUCAAUCUGAAGAUUUUGGAGCUUCAGGCCGCACAGGCGGAGCUACGAGAGCUGCGCGCCAAGGAGGAAGAUCCCGGCCAUCUCAAGGAAUCGCUGAGGGUCAGCAAGUCCCUGGCCGCGCAGCAGGUUAGCGAACUGGCGACCAAGCAGGAGACGAUUGAGGCGCUCAACCAGCAGCUGCAGGAACUCUACCAGAGCCUUGAACAGGCCAAGCAGGAGGAGCAGCACAAGCAUCGGGAGUUGCGCGAGAAGCUCAAGAAGUACGCCCUCAACCUGAAGAAGCGCAGCCAAGAGAACGCCGAAUUGGAGCAGAAACUGAAGGAGUUCACAGAGCGGCCCCAGCAGACGGCCAUAGAUCACGUGGAGGUGGAAAAGCUGCAUGAGCAGGUGGCACGCCUCAACGAGGAAUUGAAAGCCAAGAUCCAUGUGAAUUUGGAGAGCCGCGACGCCCAGCGACAACUCAAGCAGCAGCUCCAAGAGCAGGAACAUCUCCUACAGCAGCGCGACGAGGAGCAGCAGCGUCUGCACGUGGAACUGCAGAACACGGUCCGUGCCAACACCGAGCUGCGACGCGAUCAGGCCCAUUGGGAGCAGCAGCAGACGGAGCAGGAGCACAGCUUGGCGGACUUGUAUCGCCAGCUGGAGCAAAAGUCCACCAAGUUCGACAAGUCCAAGGAGGUGAUCAAGCACCGCAAUGCCACCAUUCAGGCACUGCAACGCGAGCUGCAACAGCUGCGCCUCCAUGCUGAGGACAAGACGACAGCAGCCGUGGCAGCAGAGGAGCCACGCGAGGAGGAGGCGCUGCUGAGGGCCCAGCUGCAGGCUGCCGAGGAGCAGCACGCUCUGCUUGCCCAGCAGUAUGCCAGAGACAAGGCCGACUUCCAGGUGACCAUCGGCCGCCUAGAGACCAUCCACGGGGGCAUUCAGGCCAAACUGCAGCAGGAUGCGUCGUAUAUCGAGUCCCUCGAGUCGCAGAACACGGAGCUGCUUGCCAAGAGCGCUGCCCUGGAGGAGCAAGUGGCGAGUUUGGCCAACCAGCAGGCCGCAGCCCAUGAUCGGGCCAAUCUCUUCGAGCAGCAGCUGCAGCAGAACUCCUCCCAGCAAAAGGAACACGAAACCCAGCUCCGAGAGCGCGUGCGAGAGCUGGCCGAACGGGAACAGGCGCAUAAUCGCCAAUUGGAGCUAAUUUCCGGCGAGUCUGAGGAUUCCCGCGAGCAACUGGCUCAGCUUCGGGCGGAGUACGAUGCCCUGAGGAUCAAGCACGGCCAACUGAUGGCCCAGGCCCAGGCGGAGCGCGAAACGAUGAGCAGCCACAGUGAGGACGAGUUGGCUGAUCUCCGCGAGCAGCUUGCCCUCAGGGAGUCGGAGCUGCAGCGCCAACGGCAGGUGUACGAUGCCAAGCUGGCCGCCAAGGCCACCGAGCUGGACGAGAUUGAGUGCGAUCUCAAUGCCCACAUGGAGCGGUCAACAGCCGAGAGCCGCGACCUCACCCAGCAGUUGGAACGGGCCCACGAGCAGAUCAGUCAACGUGGCGAGGAUCUCAGCCGCGUCACCGAGGAGCUGCAGGAGGUGGAGCGAGAACGUUCCACCCUGAGCCGCGAGGUGACGUUGCUACGGCUGCAGCAGGAUAGCGCCGAGCAGGACGUCUUGGAGCUUCAGGAGCUGCGCAUGCAGGUGAUUCAAGACAAGACGGAGAUGGACAACCUGCGCUCGCAAAUCGACUCGCUAUGCGCCAACCACACCCAGGAGCUUCAACUUCUUCAGCAGCAGAUUGCCGAGUGGGACACGCUCGGCCAGAACCAGACGGACGAUCAGGUCUACAUCGAGACGGAGAACAAACGGCUGACGGAGCAACUAAUCGAACUGCAGGCGCGACUUGAGGAGCAGGCUGGACAGCUGGCGGCUGCCAGGCAGAGAUCAGCAGCGGCAUCUGUUAGCGCUUCCGGUUCAGCUCCCGCUGCAUCCUUUUUCUUUGCCAGCGAUGCCGGCGCAGCUCCAUCGCCCUUCGACGAGAUUGUCCAGCCCCUGAGGGUGUCCAGCCAGCAGUUGUCGGCUGCACCUCCGCCGCCCCAGCAUCAGCCCCAGCCCACGCUACCGCCGCCCCCCACCAUCGAGGAUUUGCAGCGAAAUGUCUCGGAUCUGGAGAAGCAUGCCCAGGAUCUGGAAACGAAGCUCUUGGCCCGCAAUCAGGCGGUUGCCGACCAGGAACGGCGUCUGGCCGAGCUUGAGCGAUUGCUGCACGAACGGGAUCAGCAGCUGGCAGAGAUUAGGGGCGCGGAAGAGGAGCGCGAGCGACUGGCUGCCCUCGAGAAGCUCAUCCAACCGACGGGCGCGCCCUCGCUGGAUAUGUUCUUCGGAGUGGGUGGUCCGGAGGAAUCUGUGCCGGAUGCGGUCACCCGACAACAGCAGGGCUGGGGCCAGACUCAGCCAGAGCCUGUGGUGGAAGCCAUGAUUGUACCAAAGAAGGCGUACAUCUGCCAUCCCCAGCAGGAGCAGCAGCAGGCAGUCGACUGGGGUGUCGACGAUGAUCCCUGGGCAAGCGCCGCUGCCGCCGCUCAAGCUACCCAAGACAUUGAGAUCCGCACACAGCCCGAUGGUGAGGCGAUGCACGCGAGGAUUGGCCAGCUGGAGCGCCAGUUGGCCGCCGCCGAGCAGCAAAAGGCCGAGCUGCAGACGAAAACCGCAAAGCUGCUGAAGCGCCUCAAGGAGUACAAGAGUAAGGCGGUGGUCACAGUCACAGCCCCGGACAACGACCUCGAUGGGGCCAUUAUCGAGGAGCUGAAGCAUCAGUUGCAACUGCAGGAGGCACGUCAGGCGAAGAACGAGGAGCUGGUGCAGCAGCACGCCUUGGAGAGGGAGAAACUGAGCAAGCGCAUCGAUGUGCUCACCGCCGGAAAUGACCGCAUGGCCGAGUUGAAGGAGCGCCAGGACAGGGACGUGCAAAUGUACCAGGCCCGCAUCCGCGAGUUGCAGGAGAAGCUCACCCAGAUGGAUCAAUGGGAUGUGCCGGCCACAGUCGCAGUCGCAGCCGCACCUUUGGAUGCUGCACCCAACAGAAGCGAUGCAGAGUCCCUCAUCAAAAUUGAAAAUCUACAGGCGGAAAAUGUAGACCUGAAUGCCGAGUGCCAGGAAUUGCAGUCACAGCUGCUGGAGGAGAGGCGUCAGGCUCAGCUGGCCGAGGAGACGGCUGCCCAGGCCCAGGCACAACGGGAAGAGCUAAGAGAAAAUUUACAUCAGCUGCAAGCGGAGCUGGACGAGCUUAGAGGCAACCAAGUGGAGGCCAAUGAGCUGCAUAGCCUCAAACUGGAAGUGGAGCAGCUGAGGAGUCGGCAGUCGGAGCUGGAAGAACUUCGGGCCCAGAAAGUGGAGGUGGAACAGUGCCUCAGGCAACGGCAGGCAGAGAUUGAGGAGUUGCGACAGACCCAGCGACAAGCGGAGCAGUCUGUGGCCACCUCAGCCUCAGCUUCAGCUGCAGCCAGUGACGAGCAGAUGGCCCAGUUGCAGGAGAAGGAGUCGGAGAUUGUGCAUCUGAAGCAGCGCAUCGAGGAGUUGAUGCGCGAGGACCAGACCGAGAAGUUGGUGUUCGAGAUACUGACCAAGAACCAGGAGUUGCAACUGCUGCGCAUGCAGAUCAAGCAACUGAAAGAGGAGAGGGAGGAGCCUGCUCUGUCGCCCGCGUUGGCAGCGACAGCGCCAGAGACAGAUCGGGAGGAGCUGCAACAGCUGCGGGCGCAGUGCCAGCAAAUGCAGUCGGAGAAGUCUGACAUGGAGGAGGAGUUGCGUGUGCUGAACAACCAUGUGUUGUCGAGCCUGGAGCUGGAGGAUAAGAUGAAGCACACCGUUCUCGAGCUGGACACCAAGAACAUUGAGAUAGCCGAGCUGCGCAAGUCCCUGGAAUUGCUUCAGCAUAGUCAGAGUCCAGCACAGAUACCGGAUCUGGAUGCGCUCAACCAGCAGUGGGAGGCGGUGGUGGAGCAAAAGUGCGGCGAAGUGGCCAACAUUUGGCAGGACCAUCUGUCGCAAAGGGAGGCUGCGUUCAAGGCUCAGCUCGAGCAGAUUCAGCAACAGCAGCAAUAUCCUACGGAGUCUGCCGUUCCCCAGGCAGAGGACAGCGACUCCUCGCUGAAAAUGCAAAAGGCCCUGGAGACGCAAGAAAUGGAGAUUGUCACACUCAAGGAGCAGCUGGCCAUUCGCUCGGCAGAAUAUGCUCGCCUUGCUGCCCAGUACGAUCCCUUCCGGCUGCAGAAUCAGGGAGCCGGCGGCGGGGCUGUUGGAGCCGAUACUCAGUCGGAGUACGUGCUGAAGGCGGACCUCGACUAUGCACUGAUGAUGCUCCAUCAACGUGACAUGCGGGUCGAGGAGAUGAUACUCGAGCUGGGCCAGUUGUUGCAGGAACGCGAUCACCUGCAGCUGAAACUGUCCGACACUCUGCGGCAGCUGGAGACCGAGCGCGUUCGGGCCAGCGACGAUCCUGCACUGGCAGCCAGUGCCGCGAGCAGUGCCACUGCCUCCUCAUCGACCGCCUCGGGCAGCACGCCCAGAAAGACGAGCAACGCCAGCAGCACCGAUCUGGCUGUAGUCACCAAUACCAGAGGCAGUGAUUUGAAGCAAAAAUUGGCUGAGCUGCAAACGGUGAAACACUCAAAGGACAAGGCCAUCGUGGACGAGCGCGAGCAACGCCUGCAGCAAAUGGUUCAGCUGCAAAGGGACAUGGCCAAGCAGGGAUCAGGAUCGGCGGCAGUAACGACUGUAACUCCACUUGGCGCUUCAGCAGCAGCCAGUCAACCGUCGUUUGGCGUGGAUCAAUCCCAGCCCGCGCCGCGUUCCCCCACGAUGGGUCUCAUGGACUGGAUACUGGGCAACAAGAUUGAGGAAGACAGCCAGCAUGCCUACCCCAACUGAUCGCAGAGGCAGGCUGCAACUCUUCCCCAAAACGAAUCGCUUGCAUGGAAUACUAAAACUAAUGCUACUAGAACUACGAAUCAUUACUAUAAUUUCGCCUUCAACUCGUUCGUUUCCUUGGCGAUGGCGACAGCGAUAACGUUAGUGUUUAAUAUUCGAUAUUGCGUACCUUGGCUGAAUGAAAGCUACUCGAUGGAUCAGAUCAUGCCCAAAGCAGAAGAUGAAAUGAUUAAGAGAAUUCCGAUUUGUUCCACUGCGAUAGGCAGUAACUUUUAUGUUGUAGAUAUGUAAAAAUUGUAUAAAAAAAGCUAAAAGAAAAUUUAAAAGUAAG